AUGUUUUUCAAGCUAAAGUACAGUGACGAAGUGAAAAACUUUGAGGGUCUUGCUAAUAUUUGUGCGCAAAGUUCACAAUAUCAAGGAAAGGAAUAUCCAUGUGCCAACAUAGACAUGCAAGAUCGUCUUAUUUCACUAGUAAACGCAGGAAUUCCGGAUGGGAAAAAUGAACUGGAAUUGAAAAAUAAUGGUUUUAAAUCUGGACGUGUAUAUAAAUUAAUUCAAAAGGAACAACAACAAUUAUUAAAUGUUGUAAUAAAUGAAAAAGGGCCAAAAAGAGGCAUAAAAAGCAAGAAGGUGUAUUCUGUUUACAUUAAAAGUAUAUUUUUAGGUCGAGAACUCAGAGUUCUUUCAACGAAAAAGGAAAUCGAUCACAUUCUUUAUAAAGCCUUACAGCCUCUGAAAGUAGGUGGCAAAAUUCUUGGAGCAUUAAGAGUAUGGUUAAUACUGGAUAAUGAUAAUUGGGAUGUCUCACAGGUUAGAUGCAAUAGUGUUAUUAAUUUGGCUAACAAACAUGUUUCAUGGAACCCGGGGAAAACAGAUAAUGAUGAUGUUCGACUAUCUGAUAGUGCCAAUGAAGAAGUUAAAGAUCCAGACGAAGAAGAUCAGGAAACGAGAGAACAACUAUAUCAAAAUUUAGAUGCUGAAAUAAAUGAUGAUCAAACAUCGACUGUAGAUAUACUUGAACCAAAUAAUUCCGAUGAUAGUCAACAACAAUAUGUUUCAUCCACAACUAAUAUAUCAUCACUCACAACAGCUGUGAUUAUGAAACAUCGACGUGUUAAACGUGUCUAUAUGCUGCGUACAUCACCGUAUGGUUUACUUAAACGAAACGGUGUAUGA